AUGGUAAGAGUUCAAAAGAAUAUUAAUCAAAAUGAGCCACAAAUAACUCAAACUGAACAAGAAAAAGCAAUUGAGCAAAUGAAAGAAUAUUUGAUGGGACCCCAAAUGCAAAGGAUAAGACAGUUUACGACUUACUUUGAAUGUAAAGACCCUGAUUGUGGUUAUCGGGAAAAGGAAUUUAUUAAAAUAAGCAAAAGAGAAAAAAGAAUAAGGCCAAUAAUCGAAGAAAUGGUUAAAUGUUUACUGGAAGAUGAAGAAGAUAUUGAAACUUUGCCGUUGGUUAAUUUUCCUGAAUUAGCUGGUGAUAGUGGAGGAAUUUGUGCUGAAAUUAUUGAAGAUGUAGCUCAUGAAAGUGCUCAUGUCCCUACUGUGGCUUAUAUUGACAUUUUUGAUACAACAGGAGCUAGAUUUACCACAGGAUUUUCUAAGAAAAAGUAUAAGGAAUGGUUUGGUUAUGACUUAGAAACUUUUAAAAAUGACCCCUAUGAAGAUAACUAA